CUCGCUUGCUCUCGCUUCUGCUUGCAUUUUUUGCUACUAUCUGCUGCUAUUUUCUUACACAAAGAGCAACAGCUCUUGGAUACUUACAAAACCAGUGGGACUAUAUUUUCUUUUAGAUAACAGAGGCAUUUUUCAAUAUUUUUACGACGUCCUCAACACUACGCGAGGAGGCCUACCAUUCAAGAUAAGCCUGAGCCCGAGCCUGUGCUACAGUGCUAAAGGUAAUCAGCAGAAGAUGCCUCCUUUCUCCACGGAAGAUUACCACAAACUGCUACAGAAGAUUUUACUGUUGGAAAUAAAAAUGAAUCGGUUGGAAGUGAAUUUAGAAGUGAAUGGACAAUGUGGCAACAACACCACUCUAGCACUCCUGUCGACUGAAAACACUGGACAGCACCAUGCUACAACCCAGCUAACUAGCAACAAUGAAGCUACGAAGAAACGGGAGGUCCCUGUAGAGGGUAAUAAAUCUACCAGCGAAAAUCCUCCCUGGAACACACUUGGUGCGAAGCCAAAGAGAAGACCACCUCCCUGCGACAAGGGAGAAUGGAUAUCUGGCAGGACCCAGCGCCCCGAUAUCUCUGAUCUGACCGGCUGGCCUGCGCUACCAUCUUCAGCCAGGCAUACUGCGUCAUCAACUCCACUGCCACGUAGGACACAGCAGCGGACAGCUGAGAAGAGGAGAACUACCAAUAAACCUCCCCAGCAAGCAAGUGUCCAACUAAAGAACAGGUUUGCCCCACUGUUGAUGGACAAUGGAUCCCCCUCUGAUUGCCUGAAUAACCCACCAUCACCACGCAGAAGGGAUAUGGUAUCUGACAUGGAAAAAAGAAUCCUGGAAAUUGUCGCUGCACACCCAAAUGUGAAAAAUAUCAUCCUGCACAUUGGUUUUAAUGACAUUGUAAAACAACAAUCAAGAGAGCUGAAAGAGCACUUCAAUAAACUCUUUGAAACAGUCAGCGCUGUGAAUGCUGACGUUUUUAUCAGUGGUCCUCUACCCCCAAUCAGGAGAGGAGCUGAGAGAUUCAGUAGACUUUACUCGCUGAAUGAGUGGCUAUCAAGUGCACUUCUUGCUCGUUCAAUGCAUUUUAUUGACAAUUUUAGCUUUUUCUGGGACCGCAGGCAUCUUUUUAAGGCAGACGGACUUUGCCUAAAUAAGAUGGGAGUAAAGCUAUUCAUGAACAACAUGUUUCACUUCCUGCAUCUUGCAUCUAUCAUCACUGCCAAGGACAAGAGACAAGAGGAGCCACCGAGGAAGGAAGACACAACACAGCCUAUCAGGAACGUCGAAGGAGGACCGCCAUUGCAAAAGGAGAACGUCGACCAUGAGAUACACCAGAGCAAAGAGGAAAGGUGUCUAUCCUCCUCUACCGCCCCUCCCUCCAUUCUGAAUGCGUGUGAAGAUCCCUCCCCCACAUCCCCAAGCCAUCCACGUCUCCAUCUUUCUCCCUCCCUCAAGUAGACCUUUCUCCCCCCUUCUCCCCCUUGGAGUUCCGGGAGCUACCCCCACUCACGCCCGCCCUACUCCGAUUUUUACCCCCCUAGAUCAUCGCUCACCUCCACCACCCCCUCCACGAAGGCGUGCUCCACAACCCCCCAGCCAUACUUCACCCUUCUCACGCCAACCCCUUACACGCCCUCAACGUCCACCUUCAGUAGUUCGUCCCAGCUCUGACGCUGCUCACUCCCCCUCCCCCUUACGGCAAACCCUGCCUCGCCCUGACAGCAGUCCUGAAUAUUUCUGAUACAGAAAAGGGUUCAGCAGUAGACCACAUUAUCAGCUGGGCCCAAGGUUGCCUACAUCAAAUCAUGGCACCUUCUACAUUCCUGUUGUGACUACCAAGAGAGUAAACAUUGGGAAACUUAGCCACCCUGCUAACCUAAACAAUCUCAUUCCUAUUCUCUCCAAAUCUAAGCCAAGAUCAAAGCCUGUCAAUAACACCAUCAGGAUGGGUCUGCUCAAUGUCAGGUCUCUGAAUAGCAAAUCAUUUUUAGUCAAUGAUUUUAUUACCACUUCUAAACCUGACUUUAUGUUUUUAACUGAAACAUGGAUGGAACAAAAUAACAGUGCAAGCAUUCUGAUCGAGACAGCACCCCCCAACUAUAACUUCAUUGAUAUAUGUAGAUCGGGGAAAAGAGGUGGAGGGGUUGCUGCUAUAUUUAAAAACAUGUUUCAGGGGAAACAGAUGUCACUUGGUGAUUUGACAUCAUUUGAAUACCUGUGUGCUGUGUUGAAAUGCUCUCCCAAAAUUUUCUUGUUAAUUAUCUACAGGCCACUUAAAUAUUCUGCAAAUUUUUUCGAUGAUUUUACUGAAUUAUUGUCUAGCAUCUCCACUGACUUUGACUGCCUGGUUAUAACUGGUGAUUUUAAUUUUCAUAUUGACGAUUUAAAUGACAAGGGCGCAAAAUAACUUUUUACUAUUUUAGACACAUUUGAACUGUCUCAACAUGUGAAAGAGGCUACUCAUUGUAAGGGACACACUCUGGACCUGAUUAUCACAAAAGGUCCCAAUGUUUCUGGUGUUGUUGUGAUUGAUCCUUCAUUGUCUGAUCAUUUCUGUGUUUUCUUUAAUAUUUCUGUAAUUCCGGACACACAAACAAAAUCAAAGAAUGUCAAAAAGCGGUACAUAAAUGAACAUGCUAAUGUCCUCUUUAAAAACGCCAUCUCCUCACUACCACCUCUAAACCCAUGUCAUGCUGAUGAUCUUGUAAGCAACUUUAAUUCCAAAAUUGUGAAUAUCAUAGAUAUCAUUGCACCUAUUACAGUUAAAACGAUUUCUGGCAAGCAAAAGGCACCCUGGAGAAAAUCUGCUGCUGUAACAGCCCAGAGAAGAGAGUGCAGGAAGGCUGAACGAAUCUGGCGGAAUACAAAACUUCAUAUUCACCAUGACAUCUAUAAAGAGAGCCUCCAGGCCUACAAUUUAGUCUUAAAAAGUGCUAGAGAAACAUUCUUCUCCAAUAUCAUAAACAGCAACACAAAUAAGGCCAAACCCCUAUUCGCAACCGUUGACAGACUGACUAAACCCCCAACACAAAUACCAGCCGAACUCCAUUCCACGCAGAAAUGCAAUGAGUUUGCAUUCUUUUAUACUGAUAAAAUUGAAGGCAUCAGACGCACCAUCAAUAUCUCAAGUAAAAAAGUUGGAUCACCAACCCAUUUAGGCAAAAGUAACACAGCAAUGAUGGCAAGCUUUAAUGCCAUAGACUCUAAAACUCUAGUGGAAACGGUGACAGCUCUAAAGUCAUCCACCUGCUGCCUUGAUGUUUUACCUACCAACUUCUUUAAGAAUGUUUUUGACUGCCUAUCAACAGACGUCUUGCAAAUAGUUAAUAAUUCUAUUCAAUCGGGCAAUUUCCCGAAGGCUUUCAAAACUGCAGUCAUUAAACCUCUUCUAAAAAAGCAGAGCCUAGAUGCCUCUGUUAUCAACAACUACAGACCAAUUUCAAAUCUACCAUUCAUAAGUAAAAUAAUUGAGAAAGUUGUCCUCCAACAACUAAAUCACUUCUUGGCUUCUACUGGCUGCCACAACAACUUCCAGUCAGGAUUUCGACCUCUUCAUAGCACAGAGACGGCCCUUCUUAAAGUUAUAAAUGACAUCUAAACACAGACUCUGGCAAAACUUCAGUAUUAAUGCUUUUGGACCUCCGUGCUGCAUUUGACACUGUCGACCACUCAAUACUUUUGGACAGGUUGGAAAACUGGGUGGGGAUCUCAGGCACAGUUUUAAGCUGGUUCAAGUCAUAUCUACAAGAUAGGAACUAUUUUGUUUCCAUUGGUGACUUUGUAUCAGAACCAACCAACGUAACGUGUGGAGUCCCCCAAGGUUCAAUCUUGGGGCCGACUUUAUUUAACAUCUAUAUGCUCCCACUAGGACAAAUCAUGCAAAAUAAUAACAUUGACCAUCAUUGCUAUGCCGAUGACACCCAAAUCUAUGUAGCGCUAUCACCAAAUGACUAUCGCCCCAUAGAUCUUCUGUGCCAGUGCAUUGAGCAAGUCAAACACUGGAUGUGCCAAAAUUUCCUACAACUAAAUGAAGAUAAAACUGAGAUAAUUGUUUUUGGUGCUAAAAAAGAAAGGUUUAAAGUCGUCCAACACAUUCAAUCACUGUCCCUGAAAACCUCAAAUAAAGCCAGAAAUCUUGGGGUUAUUUUAGAUUCUGAUUUACAUUUCGACAGUCACAUCAAAUCAGUAACAAAAUUGGCCUACUAUCACCUCAAAAAUGUAAAAAGACUUAGAGGGCUCAUGUCAGACUUUGAAAAACUUGUACAUGCCUUUAUUACCAGUAGGCUAGACUAUUGUAAUGGUCUCCUUGCAGGUCUUCCCAAAAAAACUGUCAGGCAGCUACAGCUUGUUCAGAACGCUGCUGCUAGAGUUCUAACAAAGACCAAAAAAUGUGAGCACAUUACACCAAUUCUUAAAUCCUUACAUUGGCUCCCUGUACAUCAGAGAAUUAAUUUCAAAAUCCUCCUGCUCACAUAUAAAUCACUACAUGGUCUAGGGCCCAAGUAUAUUACUGAUAUGCUCCCACUAUAUAAGCCCUCUAGAUCACUAAGAUCUUCUGAGACCAAUCUGUUAGCAGUUCCAAGAGUAAACUCAAAUCAAGGGAGAGCAUCAUUCAGUCACUAUGCAAGAAAUAGCUGGAAUAAACUUCCUGAAGAUGUCAGACUUUCCCCAACUCUGACUACUUUUAAAACUAGACUGAAGACUUUUAUGUUCACCUUAGCUUUCAGCUAAAUCUUUUAAUCUUUUAACUUUUAACGUCUGCACUGUUUUUAUUUUCUGCAUUUUAAUUUUGCUUUUAUUUUCUUUCAUUUCACUUUGUUGUCUGUGAAGCACUUUGAGUCUGCCUUGUGUAUGAAAAGCACU